AUGCUUUCUCCGUGUUCACAGGCAGAAACAACGGAAAACGAGGAUUGCGCUGUUGCAUGCCCACCUGGUUGGACUUACUUUGAGAGUCAUUGUUACAUUUUCAUCCACCGUCAAAAGGACUGGGCAGAUGCAGAGCGUUCCUGCACUGUCAUCGGUGGGAAUCUUGCUUCACUCCCCAACUCAAAAGUGUACGGCUUCAUUAGAAAUAUCAUUCAUACAUCAACUGGCAAACAUACAACAACUUGGGUUGGAGGCUACGAUGCAACAAAGGAGGGUGUGUGGCUGUGGAGCGAUGGCAGCAGGUUUGUCUUCAAAGGCUGGCAUCGUGGAGAGCCUAACAAUGCUGGUGGAGAGAAUUGCAUGGGGAUCAACUUCAGAGGACGAAACUAUGUCAAUGAUGCAAAGUGUAGACAAAGGAAGUCUUUCAUUUGUGCCAAGCCCCUGUGA